CUUCGUUGGUGUGUGCCCCAAUAGAGUCUCUCCCUUUACUCUGGCAUUUGUGGAUUUUCCUGGCAGCAAGAUGCACUUCAGACGUGAACUUGACUCAAGGUGACUGCCAAGCUAGGAGCCAUAAGGCUCACCCAUUCCUCAAACGAAAAGCCCGUCAGCAAGAAAAAACGCAAGUCACGAUGACAGAAAGGGGAACCGGCACUUUUCUCAACAGCGCCUCGACGUGCUGCGGUUUCAGUAUGCAAAGUCGACGUAGCUACACCAUUUCUGAGCGUUUCCUCUCCUUCCCUCGGGCAUGGCUUCAGGCAGGGAGGUUCUAAAUGAGAUCGAGGAACCGCUGCUGCGUGCAAAAUAAAAGAACUAGUUACAGAUUUAUUUUUAAGGGUUCCUUUUAGAUAUUAAGGGCCCUCCUCUCGGUCCCCUCUCACAGCCCCCAGGUGGAGUGCAGGCCUUCCCUCUGCGAGUCUGCAGUCCCGAUGGGGUCGGGCUCCAGAGCUGUUGCCGUGUUCUCUUUCCUCCACCCCCAACUGUUGGGCGCUCGGCAUCUCCUAGCCUGGUGUGGGAGAAGUACGCUGGGUAAUCGUAUGAAUGCCGAAGUCAAAGGAACUUGUGUCUUCAAGCUCAUCUGCCAGUGAUUCAGAUAGUGAAGUUGACAAAAAGGCAAAGCGGAAAAAGCAAGUAGCUCCAGAAAAGCCUGUUAAGAAACAAAAGAGUGGUGAAAGUUCAAAAGGUGCAGCUUCUUCUAAGCAAAGCAGUAACAGAGAUGAGAAUAUGUUUCAGAUUGGCAAAAUGAGGUACGUCAGUGUUCGUGACUUUAAAGGAAAAGUCUUAAUUGAUAUUAGGGAAUAUUGGAUGGAUCAAGAAGGUGAAAUGAAGCCUGGCAGAAAAGGUAUUUCUUUAAAUCCAGAACAGUGGAACCAGCUGAAGGAACAGAUUUCUGAUAUUGAUGAUGCAGUGAAAAAACUGUAAAUACAGAGCUAUACAGAAACCUUUUAUUAUUUCAGUUGCUUUAAGUGGUCUUUUUACAUUGGCAUUUGUUUUCUAAAAUAUUGUUUUCCAAGCUAUUGUAUAUUUAUUUGGAUUACUGAAUGAUUUGUAAAAUGAAUACUUUAUGUGCAUUAAAAUUGUAUUCUGAAUGAGGCUAUUUGUGUAUACAUUACUAAAAGGAAAUGUGUUGCUUUCACCUCAUAGUAUAAAAUAAAAAAAUCAAAUAAUAUGUAAAGCAUAGAUGUUUAUGGCCUUUUGAUUCAAGAUGAUGGUAAAGUUGCCUAAUAGCUUUAAUUAUGGCUUUAGUUUAAUUGACCAUUAAUGUGAUAUUUUUUCCUGAGAUUUCCUUAAGUGUCUCCAUUUUAAUGUUUUUUUCUUUUACUUCAUACUCUUUGGUAUUGCCCUGGCAGCUUUUAGCUUUAAGACUUCAUACAAACAGUGAAUACCUGGUAAAACUCAUUUUUGUAGAUAAUUUUAAAUACUGUAUUUGCUAAUUUACUGUAUUUAUUCAAAUGUAAACAGUCCUGAGUAUAUAGACUAUUUUGCAUUACUUGCAUGAAGUGUUAUGCUAAACAAUAACAUUUGAAAACAAGCCACACACUAUUUAUUCCCAUUUUUCUAUAGCUUGAUUGACUUAGAAAAUACAGUUAGCUUUUGUUCUUAGACCCUAGAUUUUGAAUGUGAUCGUGACAGGACCUUUCAUCCCCUGACACAGCAAAAGGCUUCUCUACUUUCCCCAUGGCUAAGCUAGGCCAGAAUGGUUUGUCUUGUGAUGAAUUAUCUCAGCAGAAAACACCCUUAGUCAGCAAUAAACAUCCUUCCUUGAAUGGUGGGAAAGGAUAAGCCGCAAAUAAGUGACUGACAGACAAGCACUGUUUACAACUAUACAAGACCACUAUGAUUAUCAGGAAAUCAGAAAUCUCUUACACAUUUUCUGAGUGUGUAGAGAAUUCUCGAUGUGGAGAUGUUCACAUUGAGAUACUUCCCUGGGACUGAGAGUAAUUAGGAGAUUCUUUGCACACCACCAUGAUAUGUUGGUAAGUGACAUUGGCUCCUAAUCAAUUCUCCUAAUCUCUUCUACUAUUUCUUCACUAGCUGUAACAUAGAUUCCUUUAUUUUUCUGCACUAUAUUUUAUCUACUAGUAGUUCUUUUUGUGUUAUCCUGUGUAGUAAGUAGUCUGUUUAAAGUCUUAUGUCUGUUUUCCUUGGCCUGUUCAAUAAACAAUUCAUGUUGUAAUAGGCCUGAUUGGUCAUUAUUAAGAAUUUGCGAGCAACAGUGGGUUUUGGGAUGCUGGCCGUCUCAAUAAAGCUGCUGUCUACUGCCAGAAACCUGGAAAGGCACUUGUCUAACCUUUCCUCUCUCAUUCAUAACAGUGAUGCAUAAACUUUUACAGUAAUGGACCUAUACCUUAGAUAGUAUUUAAAAGCUGUAAAUGACAGUAUUGUAUAAACAAUGGUGUUUAAACUAGGCUAUAACACAGAUUAAACAAUCAAAGGGAGUUAAGAUUGCUUUAGCCAAGACAGCUGGCUAUCAUGUUUCUGCCCUACCCACACUGCCUGCCCAAACCAUUUAACUUGGCUUGCCUUGUGUGGCUUACAUGCGCACAACUGUUUUAUAUUUUGUACAGAAAGUACUUGGUGCUUACAAUGGAACACUGGUACACAGUGGAUCAUUACUGUAGUGAACUUGGCUUGUCUACCAGUGUACUAUUCUGGUAAGAGAGUCUUCUGCCCACUGGAAGUUCUAUUAGACUAGAUGCUGCUCCAGAUGAAGGGCUUCUUGGUAGGUGUCACAAACUAUGAAAUGAAGAAGGAAGACUAUGAUGUUCGAGUAGAACUUGGAGUGAUAAGGGGCAUUCCAGUGCAGAAGUUAAAGGUGACAGAUCAAAGUUAGCUGACAAUAAUACCUACAGUGAAGAAAUGUGUUAGCAGAAUUGGAUAAGAGUUUUUCUGACUUAAUUCAGUUAAUCAAAGGAAGAAGAUCAUAGAAUCAUACAAUAGUUUAGGUCAGAAGGUGCCUUUAAAGGUCAUCUAGUCCAGCCCCCCUGCAAUGGGCAGAGACAUCUUCAACUAGAUCUUCACAAUCCAAUCUGACCUUGAAUGUUUCCAGGGAUGGGGCGUUUACCACCUUUCUGGGCAAAACUAUUCUAGUGUCUUGCCACUCUAAUUGUAAGAAAAUUCUUCCUUAUAGCUAGUCAGAAUCUCCCCUCUUUUAAAACCAUUGCCCCAUAUCCUAUCACAACAGGCCCUACUAAAAAUCUAUCCCCAUCUUUCUAAUAGUCUCCCUUUAAGUACUGAAAAGCUGCAAUAAGGUCUCCCUGAAGUCUUCUCUUCCCCAGGCUGAACAGCCCCAACUCUCUCAGCUUUUCCUCAUAAGAGAAGUAUUCCAUCCCUAUGAUCAUCUUUGUAGCUCUCCUUUAGGCCUGUGUGUUUGGAUUUGAAACAGCUUAAUGAAAAUUGACAUUUCAGGACUAUGUAGUAAAUAUAACAAUUUCUUGGCUCAGCUGUAAUUUUCCAAUUUGAUGUUAAAUUUAUUGUAUUUUUUCAAGUGUGUGCAUAAUCAGGAUUUACUACUAGUUUAUUUUUUGAAUAUUUUAAUAUAAUUGUUUAUAUUGCAAACAUACAUGGAAGUCGUAUUCUCCUAAGUGUCAUACACAGACUCUUCCUGUACUGCAGGGUUUAUAAUUCAAUACAAAUGGAUACGGAAAGAUGAGGAAAUAUGACUAAAUCAAAUAUAUAUAAUUUAAUAAUAUAUAAUUUAAUUUUAACUGUUAUGUCAGAUGCUUCCACCCACUUUUUAACUUACCCAUUGUUGACAUAUUUAAAAUAAAGUUAAGCUAUGUUUUAGUAUGGCUCAGUAAAUUGGAGUUUUAAAAACUGCUCAAGGGUGAAUAAAAGCAUGAAGAGAUGUUUUGUGGUAGCAGCUGUAUUUUUGGGGCACAGCAUUCUUUUGGAGUGACUCUUAUUGGCAUGUCAGGGUAUUUGGAUGAAAUAGAAAAAGUAUGAAAUAUCUGCUAAAAUUUUCAGAUGAGUAUAUAAAAGAAAUUGCUUCAGAUCACUAUCAACAGAUUCUAGGUGUAGUUUUUAUUUGUGGUAUGUAUGUAUGAUUUUUAUUUUCCUUUAAGUCUGAAAUUUUGCAACCAGAUUUAACCCAUUUUUACUUCAAAAGUUUCAUAUGGCCACUCUAAACUGCAUGAUUAUCAUAAUAGAGAGAACAUUGUCCUCAACUACUGUGGUAGUAGGUCAUUGGGUGACAGUUGUGUACAAUAAAAUUGUGUUCAAGAAUGUGGAGAAUUAAAUAAAUUAAUUUUGGGGGAGUAAGUGGAAAAGUUUUCAUAAUAGUGAUUAGUUGUUUUGUAGAAACUGAUGGUAGAGAUGUUCAAAGAAAUUAGUAUUUGUUAAUCAAAAUGUCUUAAGUUGCAAAUACAAGAUGUGGCUGGGAAUGUGUAUUCUAUUGCCAUCUGUUAGAACCAGGUGGGGGCAGUUUUCUUUAUCUCUUCCACAACCAAUCCUCCUUCUGGGGAGAUAUUUUCUGUUAAUAGGCCAUUGAGUAUCACUGCAUGACUGAUAAAAUGCUAUCAUCCCAUUGGGAGAUGCUCCACCCAGGGGGAGAAGCUAAGCAUUCCUGCCUGGAUAUAAUCUGAGAUUUAAAGCACCACAGUCAGCCUUUUCCCACUGGAUUCCCAGAGGAAGACCAAGCCCAUUUACACUAUCACUGGACCUUCAGAGGAAAACUACAUCCUUUCUACAAGAUCAGUGUUUCAACAGAACUACAUCUAUCACUCCAGGAGGACUGCAGCUACCAUUUAAUUGGACUGCUACCAACACCCUGACCAACAGGGUGUCAGGUCGUAUUCUGACCCUGUCAGUGUUGUUUUGUAUUACUUCAUUUUUAUUUUUAUUUUUUCCCUAAUAAAAACCUGUUAUUCCAACUCCCA